AUGAAUAAUACAUCAAGUAGUAUUAGUAGUGCUCUUAUGGCUGCACCGUAUCAACUAAAUAUUUGGUUUGGCAUAUUUCUUUGGGUAACAGGUAAUCUUGGUUCUAUAGGGAAUAUGCUAGUAUUUAGAUCACCAACAUUUCGCAAUCUCUUUUCAGAAGCAAUCUGUGAUUUUUUUUACUUUUAUUUUGUGUUGACUACACGAAUACUUCAAAAAGGAUUUCAAGUUCAUGUUACUACACGUUAUGAUGUCAUUUGUAAACUCCGACAAUUUUUUUCUGUAUGGGGAAAUCAAGUAUCGUUUACUUUGUUUUCGUUGGCAACAAUUGAUCGACUUUUAUCUACACAACGUGCGAAUAUAUAUCGCCAAUGGAGCAAUCGUAUACCACUAGCUUACAAAGUAUGCAUGGUGUGUGCACUUAUUUGGCUACUGUUUAUUGGUCAUCGACUUAUUCUGUAUAAGGCUAAAAAUGGAAAAUGUGCUCCUCGAUCAGAAUUUUAUGCUUAUUUUGAUAAUUACAUUGAAAUAGCUUUGACAGCAAUAUGUCCACCCGUAGUGAUGAUUGUACGUGCUUAUUAA